AUGGUGAAGCUCGCGUCGGCUCGCGAGAGCCGCACCUACGGCCCCGGCUCCCGCCUCGCCCGCACCCGGUGGGAGUACAUCAACGCCGGCCUCUACCUCUUCGCCACAGCCAUCCUCGUCGGCGGCUUCGCCACCCAGAUCUCCUCUGUAUCAUCAGCCGGCGCAAAGUCCGGCCUCGUGGCCGUCCUCGUCGCCCUCGCGCUCCUCCUCGCGGUGAACGCCCACGACCUGGUGGCGCAUCUGGCCGCCGUCGACUACUGCCUCUCGCUGGUGGAGUUCGACGUGCAGCUGGCGCUCGUGGAGUUUGCCGUGCCGUUGAUGAACACUGUGGGCGUCAUCUUGACCUUCGUCGGCAACCUGUUCUUCUUGAUCCCGAUGGAGAAAGGAUACAGAUACAGGCUAGAAAAGCAUGCUCUUAACACACUCAUCGCUGGGCCAAUCUUUUGGGUCAUUGGCUCCAUCCACAACGUGUGUCAGAUCUACGAGAGAGCAGACGGCCAUGUUCAGCUCCUCCAGAAGAGUGUGCAGGUUCCUCUCAUAAUGGGAAGCUUGCUCUUCUUGGUCGCUGGGAUCGUCAACAAGCAUGAUGAUACACUUCACAUGCUGCUGGGGAGGAGCUGGAUUUGGUUGUGCCUGUCAGGGAGUUCACUGUUCCUCGUUGGGGGGCUGAUGAACACGGUAAGAGUGUUCAAGAUGCAACGAACGGAAGGGUUGAGGCUGGAGAAGCUUCGAGGUAGCGCACACGAGAGACUAGCUAAAGUCAGGGAGGAGCUUCCGCUGAUACUAGAAAGCAACAAGAAGAGCCGGAAGCAACAGGAGGAAGGGAGGCCAGUAUCGGCUCCUACACCAGUUCCUACGCCUUACAAGGAUGCCCUACUUGGAAGCCUAACUCGAAGCAUCGUUUGA